AUGGCCGCCUCCGACCCACCAGCAACCGCCGCCCCCCAGCCCCUCCUCCCCCCCAGCCCAAGCGACAAGACCAGCGCCUUCUCCGUCAAGCCCCCCCAGCUCCGCACCCUGCGCAGGAUGUCCACCCCCGGGGCCCAACAUGCCAACACCGAAAGCUCCUCCUCCCUCGUCUCCAGGCGGGCCAACGAACUAGGCAUCGACCCCUCCUCGUCGCACGGCUGUCUGGAUGACAUGGUCAUCGGCGGCGAGUGUGGCCUCGCCGACGGAGGCAAGGCCUCUGGCGCUCAACCACCCACCAGCGACAACUGGAUUGCCCAUCACCUCUCAAUCGUCCUCCAGCACUCCUUCACCGUCUCAUCACCCCAUCCGAUCCCCUCCUCAACCAGCCCCGAAUCCCUUCCAAGCCAGUUCCUCAAUCUCCGCAAUACACCCGUCCCCGAAGCCCUCCGCAACAAAGUCUCUAUCACCUCCCUCUCCAGCUUCACCACCUCCACCGCCACAGACGAAGAGGAGGACAUCGAAACAGACGACGUCGAAGAGGCCCAGAGUCAAGACUCAACCGCCUCCUCCUGCUACUUGCCCAACCUCAGCCACCCCGACUCCUGUCCCCUCCAGCCUCGCCCAUCAACCCCGCCCUCUCGCCCCUCCUCGCCCCCAGCCCCGCAGAUCAACCUGCCCCCCGUCCUCUCUGAAUCCCUUCCCUCGGCAUCCCGUUUUCAACUCCUGCGGAUACUCAACACCUGGUCCUUCGACGCCAACUCCCUCUCUCCUCUUCAGAUCCGCUGCUCGCUACAUGUAUUGCUCUCCGUCUAUCUCGAGUAUACCCCCGGCUUUUCUCAGCAGCUCACUCAGCUCGGCGUCGUCGACCCUGAACAAUGUCUCCAGAGUCUCGUCGACAACCUCGAAGUGGCCUACGAUCAACGGAAUGCCUAUCACAACUUCCGACAUGCAGUCGACGUCGUCCAAGCCGUCUACACGAUGCUCUCACACGAAGGAAUCGUCCCUCCCCUGGGCUGGGUUCUCCAGAAGGAGUCUGAUUGCAACUGUCCCGACUCGUGGGAACGCACCCCUGUCGGACGUACUGGCUCACUACUAGAUGAAAUGACCGUCUGGGCCCUCCUCUUGGCUGCUGCUGGUCAUGAUGUUGGACAUCCAGGCCUGAGUAAUGCGUUCAUGGUCAACGCUCGAACCCCUAUCGCUUAUGUAUUUUCAGACGGUGCCGUGCUGGAAAACUUCCAUCGUAUCACCUUCACAAGGAUGUUACGAGAGCAUGGGUUCGGGAAAGUGAUUGAUGGGCAUGCCGGAUUCAGGCAAGUUAUGGUCGGGGCUGUGCUUGCCACCGAUAUGGGGCGGCAUUUCCCAAUAGUCGAAGAAUUGAAGCGGCUUGCCUGCAAGUGGGCUACAUCUCCGGAAGAUGGCCCCCACAAUCCCGAUGAAGACCUUGCUGCCAAAGUCCUGCUUACGGCUGGUCUGAUAAAGUGUGGAGACAUCUCCAACUCCAGCCGUCCGCAUCAUAUCUCCCUGACCUGGUCGUCUUGCCUCCUUAACGAGUGGUCCCGACAAGCCGCACUAGAAGCUGAUCUUUGCCUGCCCGUUAGCGUGGUAACCCUCGAUCCUGCUGAAAAGCGUGCUCAAGCCAAGAGCCAAAUUGGCUUCACCACCCUCUUUGUUAUGCCCCUCUUCACAGUCAUGGAGCAGCUAAGCCCAAAAGCAUUCCGGCCAUUCGCGGACAAUUGUCGGCUCGGCCUGAAAACAUGGCAGAAAGUAGUCGAACAGAUAGACAGUAGCAUCUCACUACCCGAACCUGCUGUUCUCAACAACCCUGAACCCUGUCCUUCACAACGCUCAAGUACUUCCUCAACCGACUCGAUCCUCGCUCGACAUCCUGCAGAUACCUCUCAGGAUGCCACUUCGGAAUUGCCUCCGGAUGAAACUGUUUUCUCACCGCUCUCAGGUUGUCCUUCAGAUGGGCUCUUUUCCCAGCCCAUCGCAAUGGGCUCCAUCUCCUCACCCUCUCAGACUUUGCCGAACGAUCUCGACCCGCAUUCAACACCCAAAGCGCGGCCUGCCGGAUGGUGGGGAGGCGAGUUUGGUCCCAUUCGUCGAAAUCGGACAUCCCUCCCCUUCCGGAAAGCAUCCUACUCACCACAUCUCGUCUCCCAGCAAGUCGCAUGCGCCAAGGGCUGCGGCAAAGUAACCGUCAAAUGCGUCAAGUGUGCGGCUGCUUCGAAAUUAAAAAUGUACCGGAGUCUCAGCCUUGCCAAGGGUACCUUCAGCAUUCUCGCUGGGUUGACUGAGGAACAGCCGGCCGUCGCCCCACAGGAUCGUGUCAACCUUCCGAUGGAAGAACGCUCUUGGCCUCCUUAUCCCUUUCGGCCCCUCGGGUAA